AUGGAGUUUGAUGGGGAAAUUGAAGUGUUUGAAACUGUUGGCAGGGAUGAGUUGGAGGUGGCUUUGACCAAGCACCUCGAGUUGGAGACAACUCCUGAGGUGGAGUGGAGUGAAGAUUUAAAAUGUACGAUAGGAGCACUAGACUCAUUGCCAACCUCCACAAAAAGGUACGAAGUUUCACCUAUAUUCAUUCCCGAACCUUACCAGAGGGUAUUGCCAUCGGUGGUGCAGGCGCCUGUUUUGGAGUUGAAACCCUUACCAGAGCACCUGAAGUAUGCAUAUUUGGGUGACAAUGAGACACUCUCGGUGAUUAUCUCAUCGGCACUAUCAAAAAUCCAGGAGGAGAAACUGAUCCGGAUCCUUAGAGAGCAUAAAGAGGCGAUAGGUUGGACAAUCGUAGACAUUAAGGGGAUCAGCCCGGCCAUCUGUAUGCACCGGAUUAGACUAGAAGAGAAUGUUAAACCUGUUUGGCAGGCUCAAAGGAGGCUCAACCCCCUAAUGAUGGAAGUUGUAAAGAAAGAAAUUCUAAAAUUGCUAGAUGUGGGGAUCAUUUUUGCAAUAUCAGAUAGCUCUUGGUUGAGUCCGAUCCAGGUAGUCCCAAAGAAAGCAGGAGUGACUGUGGAAGCCAACCAAACGGAUGAACUCGUGCCAGUGCGCAAACCCACUGGAUGGAGGCAGUGUAUUGACUACCAGGAUCAAGAGAAGACAACCUUCACGUGCCCGUUCGGGACCUUUGCCUAUAGACGAAUGCCAUUCGGGUUGUACAAUGCACCUGCAACAUUCCAGAGGUGUAUGGUAAGUAUUUUUUCUGAAUAUGUGGAGAAAAUUAUUGAAGUUUUUAUAGAUGAUUUCAGUGUGUAUGGUGAUAGUUUUGAUACAUGUCUAGAUAACCUGAAAUUGAUCCUAAUGAGGUGUAUAGAGACUAAUCUUGUGCUUAAUUGGAAAAAAUGUCAUUUUAUGGUUGAACACGGGAUAGUCCUGGGUCAUAUUGUAUCGUCUAAGGGCAUCGAGAUUGACAAGGCUAAAAUAGAUAUUAUAUCUGCAUUACCUUACCCUGCGAAUGUGUGGGAGGUGCGUUCUUCUCUUGGACAUGCAGGUUUUUAUCGAACGUUUAUCAAGGAUUUUUUAAAAAUUGGAGCCCCGUUGUUCCAACUCCUACAAAAGGAUGUGACCUUAAAAUUCAAUGACAAAUGUGAGAAAGUCUUCGACAAGUUGAAAGAAUUGUUGACCUCACCCCCAAUCAUCCAGCCCCCUGACUGGAGUCUACCAUUUGAGAUCAUGUGCGAUGCCAGUGAUCAUGCUGUAGGGGCUGUGCCGGGGCAAAGAAUGGGAACGGCAGCCCACGUCAUCUACUAUGCGUCCCGAGCAUUGUCUGGAGCUCAACUGAAUUACUCCACUACUGAGAAGGAGCUCCUAGCAGUAAUUUUUGCUUUAGAGAAAUUCAGGUCAUAUUUGCUAGGUGCUAAAGUAAUUGUAUUUUCUGACCACGCAGCAUUAAGGUACCUAAUGACCAAGAAAGAUGCCAAAUCGAGGCUCAUCAGGUGGAUAUUGCUACUACAGGAAUUUGACUUAGAGGUAAGGGAUAAAAAAGGCUCAGAGAAUCUAGUAGCAGACCAUUUGAGUCGCAUACCAGUUGGGAAGGAGAGCGAGCCGUUGAAAGAUGCAUUCCCUGAAGAGCAUUUAUUUUCCUUAAAUUCUCAAUUGCUUUGGUAUGCCGAUUUAGUCAAUUAUCUAGUAACGGGUAAUUUUCCUGCAGGUUGGCCAAAAUCAAAGAUGGAUAAAUUGAAGAGCGACACCAAGUAUUUUAUCUGGGAUGAUCCGUACUUGUGGAAGAGAUGUGCAGAUCAAGUAAUGAGGCGAUGUGUGAUCGCUGUCAAAAGGUCUAAUAUUUUUGUGCGAUUUGGAAUGCCAAAAGCUAUUGUCAGCGACAGGGGAACACACUUCUGCAACAAAACCAUAGCUGCGUUGUUUCGCAAGUAUGGUGUACUCCACAGGGUCUCAACGUCGUAUCACUCUCAGACCAAUGGUCAAGCGGAGGUAUCGAACCUGGAAAUCAAAUCCAUUUUGGAGAAAAUGGUGCGCCCCGAUAGGAAAGAUUGGAGUCAACGGUUGGAGGACGCACUCUGGGUCUAUCGGACGGCAUACAAGACCCCUAUAGGGAUGUCACCGUACAGGUUGGUAUUUGGGAAGCCGUGUCAUCUUCCAGUGGAGUUUGAGCACAAGGCUUUUUGGGCGAUAAAACAUUGCAACAUGAACCUAGAGGAGACCGGUGCCCAACGGAAGUUGGAUUUGCAAGAACUGGAGGAGAUCUGGAACGAAACCUACGAAAAAGCUUUAAUUUAUAAGGAGAGAAACCGGACAUUUCAUGAUCAGCAAAUUUCUAGAAAAAAUUUUGAGGUUGGUCAGAAGGUCCUCUUGUACCAAUCCAGGCUCAAACUAUUUCCCGGUAAGCUACGUUCCCGUUGGAUUGGACCUUUUAUUGUUACUCAUGUUUUUCCCUAUGGUGCAGUUGAGGCCCGGAGUGCUAAGACAGAUAAAAAGUUUGUGGUGAAUGGACACCGUCUCAAGCAUUAUUACGAAGGUUUUCCAAGUGAAGAAGUAGAAACAAUAUGCCUAGACGCACCACCGUAUCCUAAUCAGUGA